UGUGUCGGUGUCGAAUAGUGGGUGACCCAGUUUUUGAACCGGCUGAAGGUAGUCUGAUGGAAGCUCCGGAGCGACGAGGAUCUAACAGGUCCAACACAAUGAAUAGGGAGGAUGCAAUGAUGUCCAGCCUGUGGUUGAAUGGUAGAGUGAUGUCACCUGAGCCAGAAUUGCUGGGAUGGAAUCAUAUUGGAGCUUUCAAGGAUUGCCAAAUUGCCAAAAUAUAAAUCCAUCGCUUCAGGAGAUGGAAUGUAACUGUUAUUUCGAAGACAGUUCCUAUUUGGGAAGGUCUUGUGGCACAAACCCAAAUGUCACACUUUUCAUGUCUCUUGUGGAUCUCAUGUUGAGAAGUUCUUGUCGAAUAGCCCAACCGUGUUCACGGACUCAACCCACUACAAACUACGACACAAACAGAUUCGAUUUCAUUGUCAUCGGAGGAGGUGUAGCAGGUUCGGUGGUCGCUUCACGUCUUAGUGAAAACAAGAAUUGGAGAGUACUUUUAGUCGAGGCAGGACCAGAAGAAGCAACAACAACAACUGUCCCUAGUUUUUCAAAUAAAGCGAUCGGGACAGACUUAGAUUGGAAAUAUAAAACUGUAAAUGAAAGAGAAGCAUGCUUAUCCACCGCUGGCAUUUGCGAACUCCCAAGGGGGAAAAUGAUGGGAGGGUCUGGAUCAAUUUCUGGUAUGAUGUAUACAAGAGGGCACAAAGAAAUAUACAACAGUUGGGCAAGGCAAGGGAAUGUUGGUUGGACUUAUUUUGAGUGUUUACAGUUUUUUAAAAAGGCUGAAAAAAAUUUGAAUCCUGAAAUAAUUGAUAAACUUUACCAUGGUACUGAAGGACCAAUAACAGUACAAAGAUUUACUUACAAGCCAGAAAUGACAGAUGAUAUCGUUAAAGCUGGACAGAUUUUGGGUUACUCGGACCGAGACCUAAAUGGUCAUAAUCAAACCGGUUUCACAAUAGCCCAGAUCAUGGUAGAUAAUGGAAUCAUAGCAAGUACUCCAAGGAUGUACAUAAGAAACAAAAAACGCCGAAACAAUUUGUUUAUCAGCUUGAAUUCCACAGUUCAAAAAGUUUUAAUUAAUAAACAAUCAAAAAAAGCAUUUGGUGUUGAAAUUGUCGACGAUAAUGGAAAACUGCGAGUGGCUUAUGCAAAGAAAGAAAUAAUUUUAUCAGCUGGGGCUUUUGGCUCUCCUCACAUUUUAAUGCUCUCAGGUGUCGGUCCAGCAGAGUCGUUGCAAAAGCAUGGAAUAGAAGUGAUUCAGGAUUUAAGAGUUGGUGAAAAUUUGCACAAUCAUGUUGCAGUCUCAUUAAAUUUUUUUAUAAAGACAAACAAUACUCAAAAUCCAUUGAACUUAAAUUCCUUAAAUGAAUAUUUGAUGAAUCACACUGGGCCGUUGGCAUCGACAGGAUUGACACAAAUCACAGGAUUUAUGCACACCAAAUACUCUCAAUAUAUGCCAGAUAUACAGAUGUUUUUUGAGGGCUUUUCGCCAAGCUGCCCUUCUGAUAAUUACCAUCAUACCCAUUUUGGUUAUUCAGAUGAUAAACAAGUCAUAACAAUGAGGCCGACAAACAUACUGCCAAAGAGUGUAGGCUACUUGACUUUAAAAAGCAGCGACCCUAAUGACAUGCCACUUAUUCAGAUGAACUACUUGACUAAUUACAGUGAUGUCGAAGUGUUGAAAGAAGGGAUCAAACUAGCUAUACGGCUAAGUGAAACGGAACCGUUAAAAAAAUGGGGAAUAGAAUUAGACAAAAGGCCACAACAGAACUGUACACAGUUCUCAUUUGGAACGGAUGCCUAUUGGGAAUGCAUAAUUAAACAAUACACCUACCCGGAAAAUCAUCCAGGAGGAUCUUGCAAAAUGGGUCCACAUGCAUCAAAAGGGGCAGUUGUCGAUCCUGAACUCAGGGUUCACGGCAUAACAAAUCUUAGAGUUAUUGACGCUUCAAUCUUCCCUUAUGUUCCUAAUGGCAAUCCAAUAUCAGCUGUUAUUAUGACUGCUGAAAAAGGUUCAUACAUGAUUCAAGGCGCAUGGUGACAAGUAACUCACCAAUUUAUUUUAUUUAUAAAAGUGUGUUUUAUCAUCAAUCAUUAAAUUUCUACUUGUACUUCUACUGCUAUUUAAAUAUAUUAUUUUAUUUAUUUACAGUUUAAAGGAACAAAUAGUACUU